AUGUCAGAGCGAAGGUCCUGGGCAUCGUUUGCUCCCUAUGACCACGAUUACCCCUCCGCCACUACCAACAACCCUGACGAUGCUGCUACCGUCGCCGCUCCCACGAGGCUGGACAGACUUCGUCGCGUUGUUCAGAGAAGCAACGAGCUGAGACGGGAGUCCGAAGAAGCCGAGCGCAACGCCAGAUGGGCUCCUCCACCUUCGCGCCUGAGACGUCGCCGCUACAGGGAUCCCACCGAACAGUCUCCUCCACGCUUCACCCGUUCGAACAUCGACCAGCCCUCGUCCGACCUUGACGAGCCCAGGCAAUGGAAUGUCAAGAGACGGAAGCUGACUCACGAGUCGAACUACAAGUAUGGCCGUUAUGGCCAGGUCGAGCCUGGCAGAUUGAAGCUUGAACUCGAGAGCUGCGAUGGCGAAGUCCACAAUGAAGAGCGUAGCGGCAUCGAUUUUGGACCCGAGAACAUCCUCAAGCAUGACAAAAGUGUCUACUGCUCUCGCGCUUCGAAGUGCAACAUCGUCUUGCGCCAUCAUGACGACUCGACCUUUUGUCUGGAGAAGCUGUACAUCAUUGCGCCUGAAAACGGCUUCACCGCUCCCAGGGUAAAGGAGGGUCUGGUCUAUGUCGGCAUGAGCCGAGACGACCUUCAGCCGUAUAUCAACAGCUCUACUCACUACUUGAAUCCACCGAGGAGUCCGCCACCACGCCGGACUCAUGAUCCCGUACGCCUCAGUUUGUUGGAAAGUAUCCAUGAUCCAGAGGUUGCUCGUGCUAUUGGUACGCGCCGGGGUGCUGGCUUCUUUUCGCCUAUCGACUCUCCAGCAGAUGACCAGUCUCAGGACGAGGAUGAUGCUGAUGACAUGUGGAACUCCAUCCCUGCAACUCGAGAUCCCUCAUGGCCUCCUAUGGAUCCAAGUCGACAGGUUGCGAACAGAAACGACAUCGACAACCGAAAUUGUGAUGAUCCUGCAGAUUUGAGAGAGUCUCCAGAUGGCCGCAUAGUCGUCUUGAGUGACGAGGAAAUUACCUGGCCCGAGGAUCCCACCAGACCGGACGUGCUCGCGGACAGAAGGCGUAGGGAGCGGAACUUGCGCGACUCGCAUGAUGAUGAGGAUAUAUGGGAGUCAAGAUAUCGGACCAACUAUGCGCGCAUGCGUAUACGACAACCGCAUAUAUCCAUGGAGCGAUCCGAAGCAGCCCAAUUGAGUCCGGAGCUCGAUAGAUAUAAAAGCGAUACUGUCGCGAGGGCGAGGUUCAAGAUCAAGGACAACAGACACCGGAUAGCCAUAAAGUUUGAUCCUCCAGUGUACGUGCCUCCGCUUGAGCUUUUACGUAUCUCGCUGAUUUCUCGAUAG